CUCAUCUUGACGACUUUCAGAGUCACUUAGUUUUAAAAGUGCAAACGUUUUUUAAAUAUUCAUGAAUAAUUUGAUAACAGUACAUUAGUUAUUGUGGCGGUUUUAAAGUUGCUUUAAAGAUGGAGCCCAUGACUCUAGGAUCACCUUUGAGUAGUCCUAUCCAAAGUCCUGGUAGUCCAGGAAGCUCUUCAGCUUAUUUACCUAGUUUUCUCUUGGGUGACACUAAUACUCCACCAAAAGGCAUUGUAAUAAACUCUCAAGAUAAUCCACGUCAUUUGAACAUCACCAAUACAAGUCUGAUGUCACCAAUUUCUUAUGGAACUCCAGAUUAUCGGUCUAAUCGUCAAAAGGCAGUAUUUGGGAACACUACGACUCCUAGCACACCACAAAUGAGCACAAAGAAUCACGCAGGUGGACCUCCAACGCGUGGGUUAUUUGAUACUCUAGAAAUCUCUCAAGUGUCAUCACCAUAUACAUCAAUUACAAAUCCGCCUAUGACUCCUGUAUCUACAAAUCAAUCCAAGCUUAUGAUGAGUGCUGUAAACACCUCGCUGUUGUUUCCGGACAGUUCGAUAAACUUGAACACAAGCGAAUCUCAAGGCUUGCUGCAAUGGGUAACUGUUUUCGGCUUCUUACCCACUGAUGUGAAUGUCGUUCUAUCUCAUAUCUCCAGCAGAGUUCGCAUAGUAGAUAAACACCAGCCUCCGCAGCCUCAGAGCAAUUGGAUACAUUUAAAGUGCGCGUCAGAACAAGAAGCACAAAGAGCUCUUGCAUGCAAUGGUAGUAUCGUUUCUGGUUCGAUUAUGAUUGGUGUUAUACCGUGUACAGAUGAGGGGGUUGUGUUAGGCUCAGAUAAAGAGAAUCGCUCUAAAUUAAAUGGUAGCAUGAGAUCGCUCUCGUCAAUUGCCAGGACAAAUCAAUCCCCAUUUAAUGUAUCACCCAUAUCGAAACGACGAAAAAUAAGAUCGCUGGCAGCGGGUUACAAUCAACAUUUUAGUCCACAAACCGCGCAAUUACCAGAAAAUGUUCCACAAAAAGCGACCGGUUUGGUUUCAAAAGCAAUGGAAUAUGUAUUUGGUUGGUAGCUAUUUUACUGAUUAAUACAUUGAAUGUUACAUUGUUUGAGCAUGAAUAUGUAGUAUAAAAAAGAAAUUAAAAAAGAAAUGCUAAAAUCAUUCAA